AUGACUUCCGUCCCGGGUGCCCCCGUUGACCACUCUGUCGACGCCCCUGCCGAUCAUUCGACACCCCAUACCCCGGAUACCCCCCGUGCCUCCGCGGCGGAUGCGUCUGCGGACGACAGCACAGCCCAGGGUGGCGAUACCCAACAAAAAGAGAACGUCAGGCCGGUCGCGGAGGGGGCGUCGGGAGUAAAGUCGCCUGCGGGCCAGGGUGGACAGGAUACACAAUCGUCGGCUCAGGAGGAGCUGUUGGAUGACUUUGGGCUACCUUUGCGGCCCCGCUCGAGACCCGCUCGCUCCCCGACCGAGUCCUCAGGGAGUCAGCAGGAAUUCCAUGAUGUCCAGGAGACUGUGGAGGAGCGGGCCAAGAGAAGGAGUCAAGCACCGGUCGAGGAUGUGACGCCGGAAGCUCCGCGAGAGACCAAGGGUGAGGAGGCUGCAAAGGCUGCACCGACCGCCGAGGACCCGCAAGUCCCCGCUGCUGACUCUCCAGCACAUGAAGCGGAGGCUCCGCAGGAAAAAGCUACAGAAACGCCUAAAGACCCCCAUCAGAAUGGCGUAUCCAGGAGUCCAUGUCCAGAUUGCAAGGAUGAACCGCCACCACCAUACACGGAGAGGCCAAGCCUACAGGGAUCCGAUGUCCCGACGCAGUCCCAUGCCGCGGAGAAGAAAGCGAAGCCCCCCCAAGCGUCUGAAUGGUCGCAUCAACGGCUCUAUAAUGCCCCCAACUUGGAAAGUGACGACGAAGAAGUGGAACUCGACGACGGUGGUUGGAAGGACAUGAAGGCUGUGGACGAGUUCGACGUCUAUGAUGACUAUGGGCGGCUGGUUGUCCGUGGCGGCAACGAUGAUGUGGAACAGGAAGCCGUCUACGCCGGUCUUGGGGGUGCCAGCAAAGGGUAUACUCGGGUGCAGCUGGACGAGGAUGCCCAGUCGGCGACGAGCAUGGACGAGGACACAAGCUACCUCUUCAAGGCAGCUGACGCGACCGGCGCCGGCGUGGAGGAUGAAGAGCUACGCGAUACCGUCAGUCAAUUGCAGGCUACGAAGGAUCUCCUGACCGAAGGCCAGAGGAUUGCCUAUGUCGGCGUGACGAGAUUGUCGAUCUACCAGAUGGUGUCAGACAUGGAAAAGAUCCCGACGACGCGGGGCACCCGGAAGACAAGACAGAAAGCCAUCGACGCGAUGCGGAAAUGGGGCCAGGCAAUGAUGGCCCGGGUCUAUUCCCACAUGGAAAUCGAUUCCGCCGAGCAGAUCAUGAUCGAACAAUUGGCUGAGCAUGGCGUGCAGCCCGCGGAUUUGGUGCCCCCGCUUAUGCAGAAUGCCCGGGUCAAGAAUCCCCUAGCGGAGGGCGCCGACGGCGCCGACAGCCCCAAGAAAUCCACCUCGUCAAUCAACCAGCGAAGCAGCCUUUCGACCGACAUUCCCCGAUCCUCCCACUCGGACUCCCCUCCGCCAUACGAGACCCAUGAAGGGGAGGAUCUUCCAGAAGUGCGAACCCCGUCGCAAAUGCCGACGUCCUCCCGGAUCGACAUCGACCUGCGGUGGACCGUGCUGUGUGACCUCUUCCUCGUCCUCAUCGCCGACGCAGAGUACGAUGCCCGGUCGCGGACCUUGCUGGAGCGGGUAGGCAACUCCAUGGAGGUGUCGUGGUUGCAGAUUUCCCGGUUCGAAAAACGCGUCGUCGAUGCCCUGGAGAUGCAGGAGUCGGCGGAAAAGGAGACCUGGGAUGAGACAGAGCACAUGGAACAGCGGAAGAAGAAGGGCAAGACGCGGAAGUAUGUGGCCAUGGGUUUGGCCACCGUCGGCGGUGGGCUGGUCAUUGGCCUUUCCGCUGGAUUGCUAGCCCCGGUCAUUGGCGCUGGCCUCGCCGCCGGGUUGACCACCGUCGGGAUCACAGGGACCAGUACCUUCCUGGGAGGGGUUGGUGGCACCGCCCUGAUCGCGUCUAGUGCCACCUUUGCGGGCAGUAGCAUCGGGCUCAGGGCGUCCAACCGACGGACCGGCGCGGUGCAGACCUUUGAAUAUCGGCCUCUCCACAACAACAAACGGGUGAAUCUGAUCGUCACCGUGGCGGGAUGGAUGACGGGCAAGGUUGAUGACGUUCGACUACCGUUCAGUACCGUGGAUCCCAUCAUGGGCGAUAUCUACUCAGUUUUGUGGGAGCCCGAGAUGCUUCAAAGCAUGGGUGCGACGAUCAACAUCCUCGCUACGGAGGCUCUCAUCAAUAGCGUGCAGCAAGUUCUCGGCAACACGGUCCUAGUGGCACUCAUGUCGUCGCUGCAGUUGCCGCUCGUUCUCACCAAGCUCGCGUAUCUCAUCGACAACCCGUGGACCGUGUCGCUCGCGCGAGCCAACGCAGCUGGCCUUGUUCUCGCCGACUCGUUGAUGGACCAUAACCUCGGCAAGCGGCCCGUCACCUUGGUCGGUUAUUCCAUCGGUUCACGGGUCAUCUUCUCCUGCCUCAAGGAGCUCGCCGACAAAGGGGCCAACGGCCUGGUGCAGAACGUCUACCUCUUUGGGUCGCCGAUCGUUGCCAGCCGAGACGAGUAUAUCAAAGCCCGCGGGGUGGUCUCCGGUCGGUUCGUCAAUGGGUUUGCCUCGAAUGAUUGGAUCCUGGGAUACCUCUUCCGUGCCACCAGUGGUGGGAUCAUGCGUGUUGCCGGUCUCGCUGCAGUGGAGGGGAUUCCCGGGAUAGAGAAUUUCGACGUCACCAAGCUGGUCAAUGGACACAUGGAUUAUCGAACGGCCAUGCCACGCCUAAUGAAGGAGGUCGGAUGGGAAGUGCUGAGUGAGGAGUUCGCCGAAAUCGAGGAUCCCGACCCGGAAAGCCAUGCCGAGCGGCAGAGGGAGCUGAUCCGGGAGAUUGACGAGGCGCGCAAGGAAGCGGAGGCCAAACCGGAGAAGAAGCGAUUCGGACUAUUCAAACGGGGCAAAUUGGCCCAGAAGAAGGGGUGGGAGACGUACGAUGUGGAACGCAACAACUCCCUCCCCUCUCGUACGUCGAGUGAGACCCCGGCCGGGUCGGUGCUGUUCGAUAUCGAUGCGAUCCGAGCCGAGCUGGCAUCUGAGGCUAUCGAAAUCAAACAGCUGGAGUCGACGCUUCCUCCAAUGAAACUAGACUUGAACCCGAUCAGCUCACCUGCUACUAUAUCGUCCCCAGCGGACGACAAGAGCCCCAAAAAGGCCGAGGCCACGCCGACCCCCGCAUCCGUCCUUGAACCCUCCACCCAAAAGCCCGAUGUUCCAUCCCAGGCCCAAGCCCCGCCCCAGUCUCAGCCCCACGACGAGGAAGUCGAGUUGACCUUCGAUACGUCAUAUCACGAGGCAUCCCCGCCGCCGCGUUCACACACAUCCUUUGAGCCCAGCAAAGCGGAUCCCGAGCCCACUCGGCCCGAGCUCCGCUCUUCCGCCACGAUGCCCGUCGGCGCAGGCACCUUUGGCGGUGCGGCCGUCGGAGCCAGCGCCGUCGGGGCCAUGGCUAUGGAGCCCAACGCGUGGGCCGAGUAUGGCGAGGAGGACGAAAUCCAGAUGAGUUUUGAGUGA